AUGGCCAUUGUGUGUGUGCUUCUGACCACCAUCGUUUUGGGACUGGGCAUCUGGAGGUGUGUGAUCAGGAUCCAGAGAGGAACAUUUGCUCCCCCAUCAACCACUCCAGUGGAGUUCUGCAAGAAUGGUGGAACCUGGGAAAAUGGCAGAUGUAUUUGUAUGGAAGGAUGGAAAGGUCUGAGAUGUACAGUCAUUAAUUUCUGUGAAGAAAGUGCCUUUGAAGAUUUCACUUUUAAAAGAAUUCCAGCAGGAAGAUAUGGACCUUCCAUACAAACAUGUGAAAAGGACACUAAAAAUGUGGGAUCUCCAAUGGCAACCCGGCUAUGCAACCUCUCUUUAUCUGGAGAAUUAAAAUUAGAAAAUCCAAGAAUAGGAAAUUGUAAUGAAAAUCUGAAAACGUUGGAAUACCAGACAAAAAACAUCUCACAAGAUGCAGGGAAUAUUUCUCAGGAAGUCCAGAUUUUAACAUCUGAUACUAAUAAAUUAACUGCUGAUAACAUCACUUCUGCUACUAACGUUGUUGGAGAGAUAUUCAAGGUAUCCGGAGAUUCUAAGGCAAAAGAACUUGCUGUAACAACAGUGAGUCAGCUUCUAGAUGCCAAUGAAGAAGUUUUUCAAAUAGCUGCUGCUACUGAUCAGAAUAAUACCUUUAAAACGCUUAUUGAGCAAGUGGAAACUUAUUCUUUGUCUUUGGAGGACUCAUCAGUGGUGGAACCUAAUAUAGCAAUACAAUCUGUUACUUUGUCUUCCGAAGACACUAAAGGGUCUGCAAAUGUUCUCUUUUCUGUGUUCAAAGAAUCUAGCAAUUCUCUAACUUAUGAUUCAACGGCAGUAAAUAAAGCAGCAGAUGGUCUGAAACCAGAUGAUAAGAUUGAGCUUCAGAUCUUUCUCAAUGCCAGUCAACAAAACAUUGAGACAUGUGGCUUUGUAGUAUAUCAAAACAACAAGUUUUUCCAAUCAAAAACUUUUACAACUAAAUCAAAUUUUAGUCAAAAAAUCAUCUCAAGCAAAAUAAGUGGAACUGAGGAAGAACAGAAUGUUUCUGUUGAAAUGAUCUUUAAUCCAAAUUUUAAUCAAAGAGAAUUCCAACUCCAUUCCUAUGCCUGUGUCUUUUGGAAUCUUGCAAACAGUGAUUGGGACACACAUGGCUGUCAAAAAAAACAGGGCCCUGAUGGGUUCCUGUACUGCAGCUGCAACCACACUACGAAUUUUGCUGUAUUAAUGAGUUUCAAAAAGAACUAUAAGUACCCUAAAUCACUAGAUGUAUUAUCCACCGUUGGGUGUGCACUGUCCAUGGCUGGCCUGGCUCUCACAAUCAUAUUUCAGGUUUCCACCAGGAAAGUCAGAAAAACCUCAGUCACCUGGGUGUUGGUCAGUCUGUGCAUAUCAAUGUUGAUAUUCAACCUCCUCUUUGUGUUUGGAAUUGAAAACUCCAAUAAGAACUUGAGUGAUGAAGACAAUAAUAAUAAUGAAGAUUAUAAUAAUAAAAUUCCCACAAGAGACACCAUCGACACCCCAAAUCCCACGUGCACUGUGGUUGCUGCUUUACUGCACUAUUUUCUGCUAGUAACAUUUACCUGGACUGUACUCAGUUCUGCCCAGCUCUAUUUCCUUCUAAUUUGGACCAUGAAACCUCUUCCUCGACAUUUCACUUUCUUCAUCUCAUUAAUUGGAUGGGGAGUCCCGGCUAUAGUAGUGGGUAUGACAGUGGGAAUUAUUUAUUCUCAGAAUGCGGGCGAUUCACAAUGGGAGUUAAACUACCGGCAAGAAGAAAUCUGCUGGUUAGCAGUUCCAGAAGGCACUCAGGUUGCAAAGAGUCCAAUGUUAUGGUCGUUCUUCAUACCUUUUACCAUCAUCCUCAUCAGCAAUGCUGUUAUAUUUAUUGUCAUCACAGUCAAAGUGCUGUGGAAGAACAACCAGAAUCUGACGAGCACAAAAAAGGUUUCAUCCAUGAAGAAGAUUUUUAGCACCUUAUCUGUUGCAGUGGUUUUUGGAAUUACCUGGUUUUUGGCAUACUUCAUGCUAAUUGGAAAUGAGAACAUCAGUAUCAUCUUCAGCUACUUAUUCUGCCUUUUCAACACUACUCAGGGAUUGCAAAUUUUUAUAUUCUAUACUGUUAGAACACCAAUCUUCCAGAGUGAAGCUUCCAAAGUGUUGAAGUCACUGUCAUCAUCUGUUGGGAGAGUGAAGUCACUGCCUGUAGUGACCCCACUGAGACUAAGGAUGUAUAGUCUGAUCAGGUCACUUCCAUCCCUAAGUGGAAACUUUAGGUUACUGGAGCCAUCUAUGUCUACUGAGGAACUGUCAUUGUCUGAAGGUAGUCAAGCAAACUCAAGCAUGUAG